UUUUUUUUCUUGCUGUUGAUUUGUCAUCGAUUCGUCUUUUCUACUCAGAAAAAAAGUGUUGCUGGCAACAUCUAGCUUAGAUAUUAGCAGAAGUUUCUCCAGCAAACGAUCAAUUGUCGGAGUCUCUGGACCUUUGCUGUUCUUGUUCGGUUGCAGUAAAAUGACGGAACUAAGGCAUCGUGGAGCCAAAGACACCGAAUCAGCGUUACAACAGCAGCCGUCAGAGGACAAGGGUUCAGAUGGUGAGCCGAAGAUAGAAAAAGAUGGGGUGUCUGACAGCGAAUCCAAGGUGGACUCGGGAGUCCCAGAGGUGCCAGUCCCUCCUGAUGACACCCCUGUAGUCCUAAACAAGGCCCUAUCUGGACUUUCCUCAAGAUGGAAGAACUGGUGGGUGCGGGGCAUCCUCACAUUAGCCAUGAUCUCCUUCUUCUUCUUCAUCAUCUACCUGGGCCCCAUGGUGCUUAUGAUGAUUGUCCUCUGCGUUCAGAUCAAGUGUUUCCAAGAAAUCAUCACAAUCGGUUACAGUGUGUACCACUCGUACCACCUGCCCUGGUUCAGGACGCUGAGCUGGUACUUUUUGCUGUGUGUGAACUACUUCUUCUAUGGUGAGACUGUGACAGAUUACUUCUUCACCCUGGUGCAAAGAGAGGAGCCGCUUCGCAUCCUUAGCAAAUACCACCGUUUUAUCUCCUUUGCCCUCUACCUAACAGGUUUCUGCAUGUUUGUGCUAAGUUUGGUGAAGAAACAUUACCGGCUUCAGUUCUACAUGUUUGGUUGGACCCAUGUGACUCUGCUGAUUGUGGUGACUCAGUCACACCUUAUUAUUCACAAUCUGUUUGAAGGAAUGAUCUGGUUCAUUGUACCCAUUUCCUGUGUGAUCUGUAAUGACAUUAUGGCUUACAUGUUUGGUUUCUUCUUUGGACGAACGCCUCUCAUCAAGCUGUCACCUAAGAAGACAUGGGAGGGUUUCAUUGGUGGAUUCUUCUCCACCAUCGUGUUUGGCAUCAUGCUCUCCUACGUCAUGGCUGGCUACCGCUACUUUGUGUGUCCGGUGGAGUUCAACAACGACUCCAACAGCUUCCAGGUGGACUGUGAGCCACCAGAGCUCUUUCAGCUCCAGGAAUACACCAUUCCCAGUGUCCUGGAGUCCGUUACUGGAUGGACCACAGUUCGUCUGUAUCCUUUCCAGAUUCACAGCAUCGCUCUUUCCAGCUUCGCCUCCAUCGUUGGCCCUUUCGGUGGCUUCUUUGCCAGCGGCUUUAAGAGAGCUUUCAAGAUCAAGGACUUUGCCAACACUAUUCCGGGUCACGGUGGCAUUAUGGACAGAUUUGACUGCCAAUACCUCAUGGCCACAUUCGUCAAUGUCUACAUUGCUAGCUUCAUCAGGGGCCCCAACCCCAGCAAGGUGAUCCAACAGCUCCUGGCCCUCCGGGUUGAUCAGCAGCUCCACAUCUUUAACUCGCUGAAGGCCCACCUGACAGAAAAAGGCCUGCUGCCAGCCCUGGAGGAGGCUGCCCCUUAGAGCCACCUUCUUCCACAACAGCUUGCCAUGAGGGUGGGGAAGAGGGGCAAGCGGGCAGCACCCAGGGGCCCCUGUGAGGCCCUGGCUCUGGGAGAAUCUGUGUUUUGUGUGAGCAAAAACAUGUACACAAAAACCACAAAAAGACGACAGCCUUGGGUCAUUCCAUUUCAUCUGGGUAUGAGAGUCGUGUGCGGUCAUGUUUUGUGGAUUAUGUUUCUGACAUCAGUGUUUUCAGGUUGAGUUUGUGGUUUACUGUAUCGUCACACCUUUCCAGUAAGGCCGGUGUUUAUGUGUCAACACUGUUAAACUACAUGCUGUUCAGAUGUACAUUUCUACCUGUUUACAGAUAUCCUCUCUAUAUAUUACCUGAUCAUGUGUGUUUAUAUUUUAUUGUAGAUUUUUUCUUAUUUUAAUGCACUGCUCUCAACCCUGUUACUCACUGUAUUGUUACUUUACCUCCACCCUCCCAAACAAUCUGUUUUAAUUUCUUUGUUGUGAUUGUUUCUAUUUAUAUAUGGAUGGUUUUAUAUUUGGUAUAUUCAAUUAUAUCUUAAUGUUGUUUUAUUCAGGCUGUCAUCACCAUUGCCAUCUGCCAUGUUCAUUUGUUUCUUGUCUUUAAGUUUUUCCUCCUUUUAUUAUUUAAAGCCUCUUAUGCUUGGCCAUAUCAUCAACGCGUUAUCGGCUUGCAAAAUUAUGUAUUUUGCCAAACUGAGUCAGAUAAAGUCUCUAAGUUACAACCUGUUUGAGCAAUGCUUCAGCUAGUGUUUUAUCAUGAAUUGAGAGAUGUCUCUAAGGGGCCACUGCCACAGAUACCUGCACCCUCUUCAGCCUAUUAACUACAACUUUUCCCUGUUAAAAACACACCUGAGAUAACACAGUCUUCUUUUUAUUUGAGAUAUAUUUAGGUUUAGUUGACUUAUUUUACUUUUUCCUUGUAACAGAGAGCUGUGUCGUGUACUCCGUUAGCUGGUUGGAUUAUUGGACUGGAACUAUUUUUAAAAGUACAAGUACAGAGCAAAAGUUUCUGCUCUACCAUUAUCUGCUUCUGUGUAUUGUACUUGUGCCAUGUUUGUAUUGUUAUAACUGGGCAGGUUGACCAGUUGAAGUGAAACGUAGGUAAUGAAAUGGACUGUUGAGCUUUCAUGCAGCUGUCCAGGUUGGACUUAACUAACACAAUUAGCUACUGUAUUCAUUCUGUUCAUUCCAUGUGGUUUUAUAGCAGGAUCUUUGUUAUUUAUGUCAAUGCCAAGUGUGUGUCUGCUUUGGUAGUAAAAGCAUAAGCUGAAGCCUCUUUAAUGUGAGUUUCUUUCUGUUUCACAAUACUUAAUAAAUUGAUCCAAGCCUUUUCCUUUUUUUGGGGGGGGGGUCUUUAUAAAUGUCAGGGUAUCUGUCUCAAAGCUUUAGCAGAAUUCUCUGAAGUCCGGUAGUAAUCCACAUCAGUGUCAUCCUUACUAGUGAUCUCAUAUGGGGUUCAGAUCUUACAUAAAGUCCACAAAUGUGAAUAUUUCUGAGUUGGUGACGAUGAAAGACUCCAGAGAUGAAAUGUCAGAAGUGUAGUGUCUGAAGUGGGUGGUCUGGCUAUCUCAUCCUUUGCUGUAGCAGUUAUGAAAUUUCUUAAAAUCUAGCUUGGAAGAGUCCUCCUGGUAGUUUGGUACUGCACUGCUGAAGUACUCUCUGAACACUGCUUUGUUUGACCUUGUUUGAUCAAACUAUGUACAUUUCUUUGUGAAGCUCUGACUGAGGUAAUUAUAAAUUACUCUGUGAAAUGGCUGUAAAUGGACUUCCCUGACAUUUUAACAGUGAAUGCAGGUAUCGUCUUGAAUAUUUAUAGUAAAUAUAUUAAAAUAUACAAUAUAUUAAUAGAAUAUGUUCCAAAAAGCAUAGAUCGCCAUUGUUGCUUGGUUGGUGCUGUAGAGGACGAUUGAGCCCAAACAGUAAAAACUACAUUAUAAAUCAGCCUCUUAGCAUCGUGUUUGUGUUCUUGUGAAAUCAGAAAAUAAUGGAUUUAUCCUUGGAAAUAAAGCCAGAUUAACUUUCUUUAGGUACAGUGAAGUACUAAAUAUAGCUGUACUCAGUGUAAUAGGACAGAAGUAAUAAAGCAGUCAGUGUAGCAGGGAUAUAAAGGUCAGUAACGGGCAUUUCGACAUGCUAAACAUACACCAUACUUCUGCUGUGCUUUAUGUACAAUAAAUGUUAGUUUAGUUUAAAUUCCUAACAAUUUAAGUUUACUUUCCUCAAAAACUUCCCGCAGAUUUUACAAUUAUUUUCUAAAGGACUCAGUUUUUCGUAGCUUUAUAUGUAUAAACCAGGCAUUAUGGUUUCCCAAGUUGGAAUGUCACUCCAUAUUUGUUGACAUCAUGCCAUGCCAUCAGCCAAUCAUGACGUCAUUUUUCUUAAAGUGUAUUUAUUUGUUUUCAGUUUCAAGCUUUUCAGAGUUAAAAUAUUGUAUAUUUAUUAAGAUGUUUAGAAAAUUGUUGAAUGUUCUUUAGUAUUUUUGGUUGGAAGAAUAUUUAAAUUAUCGUUACUGCCAUAUAGGAAAGAGUAUUAAUAAAUUAGAGUAUUUUCUCAAUGUGACUGUAGUGCAGUUGGGUGUUUGCUAGGCUCUUCCCCAUCAUGUGUCAACUUCUGCAUCACAGUACAAGUUGAAUAAACUUUAAUUCUUGUUA